GGCUACUGGGACACACACACCCCUGUGAGCCGGCUCCUUGCUCACUCCCAAGUCAGGAGAGGGCGUGGAGUGAUGCAGGGCAGCUAGGCCGGUUGCAAUUUCCCAGGUCUACUUGUCCCAAGCCGAUGUAGCUCAGGGGGUCCAGACCCAUUCAAAUCAGUCUUUCUAAGGACAGUUUACUGACUUUGGCUGAAGAUGAAGCCCGCAGGUACGGGGCCCACAGUCUCUUCCGGGGGCGAGUCCACCGACGUGUCCCUCGGCUCGCCGUUUCCUUGGCCCUGCCCGCCCGACGUGCGGCUCUGUGGCCAUCUGAGAAAGCAGAAGUCCCAGCGCCGCCGCUUUUUCGUGCUGCGCACUGACCCACCACGCCUGGAGUGCUACGAGAGCGAAAAGAAGUUCUUGGCCAGCGGCUGCCGCCCACCUCGGCCGCGGCGUACCGUGAGCCUGGAGGGUGCCUGCACUAUUAGCAAGCGCGCAGAUGCCCGUCAGCGCCACCUGAUCGUCAUCUAUACCAGCGACAGCAGCCUGGGCGUGGCGGCGGCCAGCGAAGCGGAGCAGCAAGCGUGGUACAGCGCCCUGCUCGAGGUGCGCGCCACCGCCGCUGCAGCUGCUGCUACCGCUAUGGGUUUCAGUCCCCAAGAGGCCCCUGAGUCUUGGAUCUUCGCCCCAUUCCAGGACGUCUGGCCUGUGACACUGCGGUCCAAGGGGCUGGGGAGAGCACGAGGCCUGAGCAGCGGCAGCUAUCGCCUGUGCCUGGGUUCUGGGGCCCUUAGCCUCCUGCGAAAGCCGGGAAGCAAAGGCUCCAGAGACGGCUGGACAACGCCACCACCAGUCCUGCGCCUGUCCUUGCUCAGUGUGCGCCGCUGCGGCCACGCAGACUCUUUUUUCUUCCUGGAACUCGGGCGUUCAGCGCCCAUGGGUCCUGGUGAGCUGUGGCUGCAGGCCCCCGAUGCAGUGGUGGCCCAAAGCAUUCAUGAGACAGUCCUGGCUGCCAUGAAGAGGCUGGGGAGCAGUGCAGCCAGUGGCAAAGCUGAGCCCCCGCCGCCGCCGCAGGGAGAUCCUCCAAAGAGCGUUCCUGCAGCUCCAACCCCGGCACCAUAUGAAAUCCCUGCUUCAGCAUCCGCAGCACAAGCAAGAAGGCCGAAUGAGCAAGCAAAGAAGGACUACUUCAAGCCCCCAGAAAGGAUGGAGUCAACGAGCUCCUACAGGGGGCUAGAUCUGGGAGGGGACUACAUCACCAUGGGAGUCAGGAAUGACUAUGUGCACAUGGGGGGAGGAGAGGCAGGUGACUAUAUGUGGAUGGCGCCCCCAGGCCUUCCUCCCACCCCUGCCCGGGCUGAUCCCAGUAAGCAGCUUGAGGGUUGUGAGAGCACAGAGUACGUGCCCAUGAGCAGAUUUUUACCCGGGCCUUUGUAUUACGAGCUCAAGGCCAGGGAGUCUGAACUUGGGCAUCCAGGUGCCCACUGUAGCAUUAGGGACAGAUGGAGACCCACAGUGGCUCAGUCCCGCUCUUCCCAAGGGUCAGAGCUCUCAGGGGACUACAUGUACAUCCCUGACUAUGUAGGAACGGACAGUGAUAGGCUGGGGUCUCUGGACAGCUGCCUUAACUAUGUGGACCUGGACCUAGUCCCUCCCCUGGAGGUCCCUGGAGCAGCCCCAGGGAAUAGUCCACAUAGCUAUGCCAGCAUCAAGUUCUAGAACUUUCGGGAGAUAGUCAGGUGAGGAGACCCAGGCAUUGUCAGGGAAGAGAGGGAAAGAAGAGAAAACCUUAGUACUGUUCAGCUCAGCUGCUGCACACAGGAGCCAGGAACCCUGAGGGUCAUAGUCCCCAUGAGCUGCUAUGCUGCCCCCCUGCCUGCUCUGUCUCUAUCAGCCGUGCCACCCAAGAAACCCCCAGGAAGAAGUGCUCCAAAGAAAUUAGACUCUUUUAAGAGAAAGUACUAGAACUUCUUUCUGCCUUUCCACCCCCUCCCCCAUCCAAACAACAAACAAAUAAAACCCUUCUCAGCUGAAUGCCUA